AGACCUUAAAGUGCGUUCCGCCAUGUUUGUUUGUCGUGAAAAUCGCCGGAUGCUUAACUAAUUUAAAAAAGAAUGUGGGCAACACCGUUUCCCAAUCCGGGCUGGACCUCAUUACAGCAGGCAAAUUUUCAAAAUGUUCCACAUGAACAAGUUGACUGGGCCAAUCUCGCAAAACAGUGGAUUGAACAGCGUGAAUCUGUGAGUUACACACCAGAACAACCAGUAAACCCACCACCACCGCCCCUUGAUAAUGUCCUUCCACCACCACCUCCACCAGCACAUGAUUGUGACCAGAAUGAAAUGGAAAUAUCCGAUGAAGAGAAUGGUACACAUCAUGAACAUGGUUUCCGUGGACCACCACAUGGAAUAAACAAUGCUGGUGGGUGGGGAUGGAAUGAGAGACCACCCUGGGAACCACCGCAGCCGAACUGGCCGAUGCAGCCUCCACCAGGAGAUAUGGUGAGACCGCCUAACUUCGACUUCAAUCAGGGUGCAAUGCCUUUUCCAGACAGCUAUGACUACAAUCAUGGAUCAGAACCAUUUGGAUAUGAUCAGCCAUGUGAGCCUCCACCAGUAGAUUUCAAUGCGCCCUACUGGGGUGGCCAUCCACCACAUGGUGAUGUUGCUCCCCCUGUACCACGACACCCUCGACAUCAGCGCAGCAGAUACCACUCGCCACCAGUUCAAGACAUGGAAGACUCAGGAUUGGAUGCACAAAAGCGAAAGCAACUUCCGGCUUGGAUUAGAGAAGGUUUGGAAAAGAUGGAGAGGGCGAAACAGAAGGAGAAGGAAAAGGAGCUGCAGAAGGUUCAGGAGGAAGAGGAGCAACUGGUGCGAGAGAAGGCGGAGAGGUUGGCUGCCGAGGAGGUUAUGAGGGAGAAGUCCGACGGGCCUGCUGUACCAAAGAAAAGCAGAUUUGAUUCAGAUGAUGAAGAUGAGACUGAUAACCGAGCACGUUCGCGGUCAUCAAGUCCAGUGAAGAGCCAGACUGAGGCUAAGAAACGAAGCCCAUCUCCAGAGCCAGAAAAAAGUGAAGAAGAAAAACAGAUAGAAAUGAUGAACAAGGUUCGAAAAUGGAUGAUGGAAAUAUUAUUAGAAGUUACCAGUCAAGAGAUUGAAGUUGUAGCUAAAGAUGUUUAUUACAAGGCACGAAACCAGGCUGCCAAAGCUCCAGCAAGGCAGCUUGCCAAGUCGUCUGCUUUGGCAUCUCUAUCCACGCUUGGACUUGGUUAUGAAUCUGACAGUGAACAUUCUGGGACGAACAGCGACAGUGAUUCAGAUGCCGAACUGCAGGAGAGCAUACGUCGCAAGAAAGAAGCAUUUGAAAGACAGCACAGCAAAAUAUUUAGUGAUGAGGAGGAAUAUGAUGCUGAAGCUGAAGCAGAGAAGCAGACUCCAGAGUUUUUAAAGAAUCCAAUUUCAGAUAGACAUUCUAAUCCGUUCCAUAAUAAAUAUGAUACAAUUCCUGGGCUAGAUAUCCCCAGUACAAAUGACAAUAAAAAAGAGAACCUAGAAAAGCAUAAAGAAAGUGUCUCUAGUAACGAAAAGCAUAAAGAAAGUGUAUCUAAUAAACAAAAACACAAAGAAAGUGCAUCUCGUAAAGCUAGGACUAAGCAAGUUGGCACGGAAAGUGAUAGUGGGAGUUCUAGUGUAGAUUCGUCGAGUAGCACAAGUGAUUCAGAAAGUAGUUCAAGUUCGAGUACUAGUAAUGUGUUAGGGUCAGGUGAGUCCGAUUCGGAGGGUAACAAAGAUUACGGUAAAAUAAGAACUUACUCCGAUGACGAGGACCGUGGAUCCAGGUCAUACAAAAAUGCUGACACUUCAGACAGACAUGUUAAAAGGGAAAAAAGAGAAAAGAGAAAAUCUCAGACGGGGGAUGAUCGGGUAGAAAGGAAAAAGGAUAGGGCAGUAUACACAGAUGAGGUUGAGGAGUACAGUAAAACUGAAAGGGAAAAUUACAGGCGGGAAAGUUAUGGUAAAAAUGACGGGGAUGGAUAUGUGAAAAGAGUUGAGGGAUAUAGGCAUGGGGUGGAUAGUUAUGGGGAGGAGUCAAACAAUAGUGACUGGAAAGAGCCCGAGCAUUACAGGGAGGAAAAAAGACGUAGAAGCAGAAGUAGGUCAAAGACUAGCAGUAGUAGCAGGAAAGGGGGUAGGAGUAAAGACGAGCAUAGGGUGAGGGAGAAGUACAAACGCAGAGACUCUCGGGAUAGGUAUGACGACUAUGACUACAAGCACAAGAAGAGAAACUCUUCGCGGGAUCGGUACUCGGAGUAUGACCGGGAGAAGUCGAGGCACCACCAGGUGGAGGAGGAUUACAGCAGCAGCAAGUCGAAGGCUCACAAGAAGAGGAAGCGGUCGCCGUCCGCGGAGGACGAGUAUGACCGGCGGGAGAGGUCGAGCAGGGAUGGUGUUAGCAGCCAGCGUUACCAUCGCGACGAACACAGCAGCAGAGGUGGUAAGAAGUCCAGUCGAAAACACAAGAGUAGAUCACGCUCAAGGUCCCCAGGACGAAGGAGAUGAUUAUCAUCCAAGGUGGUGGUCCACGCAGUCUUCUAGGUGAAGUUGGUAUUCUGUGAUAUACCACGAUCUGCUUGUUUUUAUCAUAGUUUGUACAUUACUUAACAAAUUGUCAUUUUGUACCUUUUUUAUUUAUUUAUUUUUACUUUUUUCUCUUUUUUUCUUACUUUUUUUUCUUUUUGUUUUUUGCAAUGAAAUAAUUAAAGUUUAAAGUGGGUUUUUUCUGUUCUGUUGUUGAUUUUAACAUAUACCCUUUUUUAAAAUUAUUAUUAUACAUUGUUAAAUAAAAAACAGAAAUGAAUACAACAUGAGCUGUUAUUUUUUAAAAUGAGAAUUUUUUAGGGUGUCAUCACUUACUGUUAAUAAAAGAAAAACUGCUCUCUUUUUUCUUUCUUUUUUUUCUCUUUUUUUUGCUCACAUACAAGGCAUAAUACAUUUGUAUUUAAAAGAAGAAAAACAUUGUGAUUCAGUAGUCGUGUAAAAUGAACUAGAGAAAGUACUGGGAGUGUGGUGUUUAGACUAAUACUCCCUAGGCACUUUGUAAUACCCGGUACAUGGAUUGAUUUUUCUUUUUGGUAUCUAUAACGUGAACCAUUAUUGGUUUUGCCUUUCAGAUGCUUGUUUCACUGUCAUGUUUUUCACCAUUUUAGAUCCUGUGGGUCUUAGGUUUCUGUAUAUUUAUUAAUAUUCUCACAUUUUUCCUCUUUACUUUUUGUUUUGUUCUUUUUUCUUUUUUGUAUAUGUUGAAUCAUUUUGCCAAACUCUUUACAUUCAUUGGGGGUGGGGGACAAGCAUUAGGACCCUAUGGGUUAGAUAUAAAUUCAAACAUACAUAUAUUGUAUUCCUUUACAUUAUAGCAGAAUUUUUACAGUGCUUGUAAAUAGUCGUUUUUUGUGUUAAAAAAUGCCUAGAAUGACAGUUUAUAAAUAAAACUUAAAGGAAUA